AUGGCUCACAGCUUCACUCAGGAGUAUUUUCAGAUCCCUGUGGUGACCCGAGCGUACACGACCGCCUGUGUCCUCACCACCGCUGCCGUGCAACUUGAGGUCAUCACUCCCUUCCAGCUCUACUUUAACCCAGACCUCAUCAUCAGAAGAUAUCAGUUAUGGCGUCUGAUAACCAGCUUCCUCUUCUUCGGUUCUCUUGGAUUCAGUUUUGUGUUCAACAUCAUCUUUCUUUAUCGAUACUGGAUGCUGGAGGAAGGCUGCUUCCGGGGCCGGACGGCAGAUUUUGUGUUCAUGUUCCUGUUCGGAGGCGUCCUGAUGACUCUGUUCGGCCUGUUCGCCAACGUCUUCUUCCUGGGUCAGGCCUUCAUCAUCAUGCUGGUGUACGUGUGGAGUAGAAGACAUCCGCUCAUACACAUGAACUUCUUCGGCCUGCUGAACUUCCAGGCGCCGUUUCUGCCCUGGGUGCUGAUGGGAUUUUCGCUGCUGCUCGGAAACUCCAUCGUGGUCGACCUCCUAGGUAUCAGCGUCGGUCACAUGUACUACUUCCUGGAAGACGUGUUUCCAAACCAGCCGGGAGGAAGAAAGCUGCUGAUGACUCCAGAGCUUCUGCGGGUCAUGUUUGACCAGCCGGAGGUCUCAGACUACCGUCCCCUCCAAGAAGAGCAGGACGGAGAUCUGCAGCAGGACGAGGAGCCACACAACUAACGGCAAUAAAUAAAUAAAUCAAAAGUCAGAUCAGCCAGCAGAAACACACACAGACAGACAGACAGGAAACCACGUGGACCGAGCAGAGUCCAUCGCCUCAGUCAGCCGAGACACACGAGGACUGAGCAGAAAGUUACGGUUCAU